GGAUGCAGCUGCUCGCACAUAUCGUGUAAGCUUUCAUCCCAGCCGAUCGGAACGAGCGCGCUCUGAAAUUCUUGCAAGUGCGCGCUCUGGCAGGCCAGACUGUGUCGCUAAUACAUCGCACUGUAAGUUAUAGCUGCGCGCAUUCUCGAGGAAGCCAAGAAAGCGCAGUUGCCGGCUUCGUUCAUACGCUGCACUCGCUCUCGCGGCCUGGAAAGAAGAUCACGUAUACAGGAAGCUGCGAGUAAUCGAUCAUGCUAGUUGGUUCGAGCUGAAUCGCGCUGUAGCGCAAACGCACCGGGUGCGUCACACUUUCCAUGGCAUAUGUAGAUAGCUGGGCUUGCGGCGGCUCAGGUGGGCGGAAACCAGCAGGGAGGUGUAGGUAUCUAGCACGGGUGUGUGAGGGCGGUGUAGAUGUUUAGAGGGUGUGAGGUGUGAGGGGGGACUAGCCGCAUAGGUAGCGGCCUAGUUGCGGUUAUUGGGCAGGGCCAGCGGCUGGAUUCCUGCGUCAGGGGACCAGGCGGGCUAUGAAAAAGUAUUGCAGAAGACGGGCGCGCAAAUGCGCGCGUGUGGCGCGGUUGGCGUCGGGGCAUGGUAGGGUACGCGAAGCUUCGAUUGAAGCGGCCGAACUUGGCAGCCGAGUUGCAGUCCAGCGGGGCACACAUACAUACUGAUACGCACACUAAAGCUGAACACUAUCUGAGAUUCAAGCACCACGAGCACUACGAGCAGGGUUCGAGUACUGUCGGUCUAGUGACUUCGCGUAAGAAUGGAUGACUUCUUUUCUAUUUUAGAUAGGGCGAAAAAAGAUGUCGAAGAGAAGCAGCGGCAAGCAAAGCGGGCGGAAGAGGCAGCAGCUCGGCAGCAAGCGGCCGCGUCUGCUUCUGCGAGGGUCGCUGUGGUCGCGGCAAACGCUGCGUCUCGUUUCGACGCCCGUGAGCGCGGCCGAGUGCUAGAGUCUGCGAAGGCGCUGCGGACUGAGGGAGCCGGGAGCAUCAUCCUGAAGCCGGCGUCGGAGCAGGAGAUGAAAGCCAGCUCGGCCGCUGGCGCUAAGCUGAGCGCCGCGCUGCAACGAGCUGCGGGUCUCAGCGGACGCUUACUGACGCUGCUGUCGGUGCUGGAGCACGCACACACGAUUGGCGUGCCCGGAGUCGCGCACGCCUGCAUGCCGACGGCCCUCAUGGCCAGCGCACUUGCGCAAGGGGUCCCUGCUGCAUGCGUCCUCGCGUUCCCCGACCUGCGCCGCUUGCUGCUCGACUGGAACCGCGGCGCCUGUGCCGCCGCCCCCGAGGCGCCGGCGCCGUUGCUGCGGUGGUUUGUGGCCUACAAGCGCGACCUGGUGCGCACGGUUGGCCGCCUUAACCGCAUCGCCCGUGGCCGCAUCCUUGACGAGACAGCGGAGGAGGCGGCGGCCCGUGCUGCUGAGGCGGCCGCCCUAGCGGUGGUAGAGGCUGGAGGCCCCGAUGCUGCUCAGGCUGCUGCUGCGGCCGUCGCCGCGCGCUCCGCGGCUGCCGCAGCGGCGCAGCGCGCGGUCGCUCGGCACGCUCGUGCCGCCCGCCUCCAGUGGCUGCGCACCCGCGAGACGGCUUCGCCUGCGAUCACGCGGCUUGUGCGGCCCCCUGGCGGCGCCGCGCGCAUUGCGGCAAUCCGGCGCCCGGACGGCAGUGUGUGUGACUCCCUUCCCGAAAUCCCCACACAUAUUGUCGACUACUGGCGGCGCAUCAGUGCUGCGGUGGCUACGGACCCGGACGCCUGUGACCGCGUACUUGCGGCCCUUGCAGCAUUUGGGCGGCGCUGCACUGACGAGGACGCUGUGCGGCUUGGCGCCGACACAGUGAGUUCAGCUGAGGUGGAGGCUGCCCUGGCGGCGGCGCCGGCUGGCAGCGCCCCGGGCCGUGACGGCAUCCCGGCUGAGUUGUACCGGGAACUGGGGGGCCCCACGGCACGCGUGCUUGCGCGUGUGUUCACGGCCUCCCUCGCUGCUGGUGCUCCCCCACGCGGCUUCCUUGAUGGCGUCAUUACAUGCUUCAGCAAGCCCGGGGACCCCCUGCAGCCUUCGUCGUAUCGGCCCAUUACGCUGCUCGGCACGGACUACCGCACGCUGGCCCGCGUCCUCGCCAGGCGGCUCAUCCCCGUCUUCAGCAACGUCAUCCACCCCGCCCAGACAGCCUUCCUGCCCGGGCGCCGCAUCGCCGACAACGUCCUACUGCUGCAGCUUCUGCCGGAGCUCAUGCGGGUGGCCGAAGGCGGUGGCCCUGGCGGCGGUGGCGGGGGCGGGGGCGGGGGCGCUGCGGGCAGCACCGCUGACGCUGACCGCGGCGUUGUGGCCUUCCUGGACUUCUACAAAGCCUACGACACCCUGGACCGCAACUUCCUGUACCGGUGCUUGGCAGUCAUGGGCGUUGGCAGUGGCUUCCUGGCCUGGGUCAAGCUGCUGCUUACGGGCACGCGCUCUGCCGCCCUGGCUAACGGCUACCUGUCGGCCUUCGUCCUCAUCAUUGCGGGCGUACGGCAGGGGUGCCCGCUGGCGCCUCCUCUGUACUUGGCGCCGGCCCAGGCCCUCUUCGCCUACCUCGACCGCGCGGGCUUUGGUGUCUCCUGGGCGGAUAUCCGCCUCGUAGCUACUGCCUUUGCGGACGACGCUGCGCCGUUCUUGCGUCGGAUGGCCAACGUGCCUGGUUUCCUGGCAGCUAUGGAGACCUUCCGCGCCGCCUCUGGGCAGCGCCUUAACCUCGACAAAGUGGAGCUUCUGCCCAUCGGUGCACGGCGCCGCGCCACUCCUGCUCCCACCCGCGCUGUCGCUGCUGGCUUGGCGGCUGGCGGCGCAGCGGCUGGCAACAUGGCAGCUCACGGCGUGGCGGCGACCAGUGUGGCAGCUGCCGGCGGCAUGGCUGCCGGCGGCGCGGCGGCUGGUGGCGCGGUGGCUGUCGGCGGCCCCGGCACCAGCCACUCUGGUGGGGGCAUCUUGGCGGCCGGUGGUGCGGUGCCUUCUCGGGCGGGCGCGGUUUGGGCAGCUGCCGGUGUUGUGGUCACUGGUGGCGUGACGGCCGGCGGCUCUGCCGCGGGUGCUGGCGGUGCCGUAGCCGCGCCUGCCCCGCCCAACACAGUUGCUAUGGCGCAUGGCUUGCGCGUAGUCUCGCACUCGCGCACGCUGGGUGUGGUCUUCUACGACCUCCCACUUGGCACGGCUGCAGCCCAGGGGGCUCCUUCCCUCUCCCCUGCCAUUGGCACCCUGGGGACGCUCUGCGGCCUCCCCCUAACUGCCUUUGGCCGUGGCUUCUGUGCCUCCUCCUACGCCGUCAGCCGUGUGCUCUACCAUCUGGAGUUUGCGGGUCUGCCGCCGCAGACGGCUUUGGCAGACUUCCUCAAAACGCUUGUGCGGUUUGUGGACCGCCGCAUCAUCGUUGCCACGCCGCAAGGUGCUGGCCGGGCCCGACCUCCCGGCCUCCCCUCCGACUGCGUCGCCCUGCCGCCACGCGAUGGCGGCUUUGGACUGCUGCCGGUGGUGGAACACGUGCGCGCCCGACACGCUGUGUUGGCUGUGCGCUGGCUGCAGCACAUGCACGGCUCUGCGGCUGGCACCUACGUACCGCCGUGGACAGCCGCCGCCACCGCCCUGGUGCAGCAGCUACACACGGCCGCCCACCCCCUCUGCGUCCUGACGAUGCAGCGGGCGGCCGGCGGUGUCGGACCCGCUGCCGAUGGCUGUGCAAUCUUCGGCCAGCCGGUGGCGGCAACCUGCCCGGCCCUCGUGCGCCUCCUGGGUGCCCUCAGCUACCUGCCUCCGGUCACAAUCCUACGCCCGGCUGUGCUGGUGCCCGGGCCCUGGUGCUUUGCACUUCCGCUCUGGGGCAAUCCAGUCUUGCCGUGUGCGGCGGGGCUUCAGGCGGGUGGCUUGGAACGUGACUUCCCAGCUCUCAUGGCGCUGCCGGGUCUGCUCACGCUCGGCACGGCAGUGCGGUGCUGGGAGGCGCUGGCCGCGGUGCGCCAGCUGGUGGCUUCCAAGCCGGCUGGUGCGCUCGGGCCGCGCCUCGCACGUCGCUGCACUAUACAGUACAAGCGGUCCGUCCUGCGCCCCAUCCUGCGCAUUACGGAUAUGGCGCGCGUGCCGCCGGAGCUGCAGUCCGGCCCGGAUGCUGCUGCCCAGUUCUCCGCGCUGCUGGCCCGUGUACCGGCGGCGUGGAGGGUGGCGGCGUCGGCCACACUGCAUGCGCCUGGCGGCGCGGCCUCCGCGCCUCCUGCCCCCCAGGUAUGGCUGCUGCUUGCGCAGAGCCUGGGGUGGCGGCAUGGCGCGGCUGACGUGCCCUUGCUGACCCUUACGGUGAAGCAGGCAACCCAGCUUCAACUUGCGCCUGCGUACGACGCGCUCCGCGUGCGUCACUUGGCCUUCAUCCAGGAGGCCUACAGCGGCGCCGCGCCGCCAGCGGAAGCGAUUCAUGCGCUGCGGGCGGCCCUGGCGCGGCUGUGGGCGUUGGUGUGGGAGCCGCGACACAAGGAACCGCUCUGGCGUCUGGCAGUCAAUGGGUUCACGGGCUUUGGGAUGCUUGCGGCGUGGGCCGCAGAUGGACGCGUGGAGAAAUGCCCGUGUGGGACUCAGAUGACUGCUGGCGCUAGGGUUCAUCACUUCUGGGACUGUGUGGUGGCGGAGGCUCUGCGUGAUGUGAUGCGGGAGCAUGCGAAUGUGGACAUCACACGGAACCAGUUGUGGUUAGUACAGGCGCCACCAGGGCUAUCGCAGGCGGUGUGGGACAUCGUGUGCUUGGCUGCUGUGGCGGCCCUGGAAUACGGCCGACAGCGCCUUUACGCUUGCCGUGAUGCUGCAGACCGGACUGCGGAGGUUGCUGUUGUGCGAAGGAUCGGUGUGGAGGUGAUUGCGGACUUCUGGUCCAGGCUAGCUGCGUUUGUCAGCUGUAGUGCGUCAGUGCUGCUCUGGCUGCGGCGCGCCACUCAGUCGGCGACAUCAUCGUCGCCGUCCUGCCGAGCGGCCCCCGCUCUGGCACUCUUUGCCGAACAUCAUGACUUCACACCGUGGAGCCUUCGCGACCUAGCGUGGGUGGCGCGCCUGCUCGCCGGUCGACCUCGUCCUCAUGGCUUCGCGAUGCUUCUGGCGGGGCGCUCGCUGCUGCCGGGCUCGCAGUGGCGUGUCGCUGAGCGGCUCUUUCGGUAACGGAGGGCCGAUUGGAGCUGCUGGCGAUUCUUGCUGUGGGCUGCUGCCGCGGCCUGACGUGGCGCCGGGCUCGCCGCGCGUGAACAGGGGCACGCUGCGGCGGGAGCCAGGACCGGCGUCUUCCGGGCGGCGGCGGCUGGAGCUGUGGGCGCAUCUACACAGUGGAGAGACCUGCUUGGCGAAUGCAGUCUGGCGAAGGCAGUCCAGCGAAGGCUGGCUGGCGCAGGCCGACUAAGCGAAGGCUGGCUGGCGCUGUCUGCUGUGCUAGGGUGUUGCGAGGCUGUGUGGACUUGGUUGGGCGGUGGGCGUGCCUGCACCGCCUGCGCUAGGUUGCGGGCGCUGUGGCUUGUGCUGUCUGGUGGGUCGGACCGGCUGAUCCUCGUGGUUCAGCGAACUUGCACGGCCCUAGGCCGUCUACAGGAUGCAGCUUCGGGCUGCACCCAACAGUGUGAGGGCCCUGCCCUGUUGGUGCUGGUGUUUUGGGGUAGGAGUUGCACUUUGCAAAGUGGCAGUCAGUCUGACGCCGACCCGCGGCUUAGGUGAGCAGCGCUAGCGUUUGCGGUGAGCCUUGCUCGGGGUUCCUCCCCUCCUUUAGUGAGGCGAGGAGCAUGGGGGUCAUUCGAGGUUCCCUCCUCGAGUGUGCGUACGUGUCUCGUGCGUUUUUGGAGCCCUGGCUUGCCCGUGGCUGUCAUCCCACAUGUAACCUCUAUUCGCU